UCCACGAGCUCCUUUUGCGCGCGCAGCAUCACCUUACCACUAACGUAUGUCCGUCAACUGUGCCCAGAAACAUGGCUACGCUUUAUGGAUUCAAGUUUAAUGACGGCGAUGCAUUUAAUUCCCACUUAACUGAUGAUGAUAUAAACAAGCUGCAAAGAAAGAAUGCCCACAUUUGGAUUAGCCGGAUUGUGAAUCGCCUGAUAGAAAAACACAAAUUAAGUGAAAAAGAAGGUGUGCCGGUUGUUGAGAUCAAAGAGGGAGGCUUUUCUGAAUGCACAGAGAUUGGCAAGAUUGCCGCUACCACAACAACUGUCGAAGAAGAACCAGCAGCUGUUCCUGACUCUCCAGAACCACAAGAAGAGCUACCAACAGAGGAUGAAGGUAGUAAGUUAGAAUGGUCAGAUAAAAUGAUCAAGCUUUUAAUACAUACAAGAAGAGAUUUGGCUGUCAAAUUUUGUGGUUCUGGAAUAAAGAAAAAAGAUGCCUGGGAGUGUGUUGCUAAAGUUUUAAGAAAAGAAGGACAAAAAAUAACUGGCAAUGAAUGUGAUAAAAAAUACAGGGAUCUAAAACGAACAUACCUUAUGAACUUCCAAAAGAUGAGAAAGCAUGGGCCUAUGGCUGUGAAAUGGCCAUAUUAUGAAGUUAUGAGAGAAGCACUACAGGUAGAUCCUACAAUGGAACCCCGGGCCCUGAAAGCACCAUGGGCAUUAGCCUUUUCAGAUGCAACAGAUGAUGAACUUGAGCCAGGCACAUCCAAAAAGAGGAAGUUAAUUGAAAGUUUGGAAGAGGAGGAGAAACAUUUUAAAACUGCCAUAGACCAACUGUUGGCCAUAAGUCGGACAACGACUAAGCUCAUACAGGAACACGUCAGAGCCAGUCGCACAGCCGAGGCUGUUAGACUAAGUAUUGAAAAACAGAAGCUCGAGCUAAUGAAAGCUCUGCUGCCCAAGGUGCAGGAGACUGUACAAGGUAAAAACUCCAAGGCUACUACAAAAGCUUACACUGUGUCAUUGGUUCCGCAAACAUCUAAAGAACAAACUGCUACGCCUGCAAAGCCAUCAACCUGAUUUUCUUGUGUUAUCAACUUAAUUGGAUUAUCAUUGAAGUCAUCACAAGUUGUUUUUACAUGUUUUUAGGAUGACAAAAUACAACAGAAGAAUAAAAAUGUUGCCUCUGAUGUUACUAUAUGACUUAAUGUAACAAAAAAAUAAUUUUCUUUGUGGUUCAUGGUUUGUGCCAUAGUAUAAAAUAAUGUAUAAACUUAUACAUUUCAACUACAAAGACAAAAUUCCCCAAAAAAUGAUUUGGAGUCAGUGUGAUAAGAGGAGCUGUAAAAUAUAGAAUACAUAACUCAUGCCAAUCAUUAUGUUGUGAAACAUGUCAUGCCUCAUCUGUAAAAUGUUCACCUCUUCAUGCCCAUUGCUCUGCUUACUAAGUAGGCAAACCAUGUCUUUCAUUAAAGGACGGUUACAUUAUGAUUUUAUGUUUGGCA